ACAAAUUGAUAUCUUUAUAUUUUUUUUUCCAGAAUGAAGUUAGAGCUUAAUCUUCUCCUGUUGUCAGCGUUGAUAGCAACAGCGCUGACUGCAUCUCCCUUGGAGGAUCCAGGGGCCAGACGACCUCCAAAUAUCUUGGUGAUCUUGGCCGACGACUUGGGCAUAGGGGAUGUCGGUUGCUAUGGCAACGACACUAUCAGGACGCCAAACCUUGACAGACUUGCAGCUGGAGGAGUCAAGCUAACUCACCAUCUGGCAGCUGCAGCUGUCUGCACUCCGAGUCGUGCUGCUUUGAUUACCGGUCGAUAUCCUGCUAGAUACGGUCUAACUUGCGAUAAAAGGAUGGAGAUACCGAUCAUUCCACACACAAGUAGCAAUGUUGCUUUGCCGCUGGAUGAAGUGACCCUGGCAACUGCACUUAGGGCUGCAAAUUAUACCACGGCCAUUGUUGGUAAAUGGCAUCUUGGAAUGCACUGCAGCCUAUUUGGUCUGUCUUGUCCUGGACCUCUCCUCUACGGCUUCCAGACCUUCUAUGGCAUUCCAGUGACCCUCUUUUUCCAGUUUGGAGAAUCCCAUCCUUUCUGGAAGUUUCCAAUCUCAGAUACUAAGUACCAGGCGCUGGUCGCAACUUGGCUGCUGUGUGUCGUCAGCGUGUUCCUCGCAAGGAAAAGAUUCAGCUGGAGCCUUUCCGCCUCCAUCCUUCUUCUCCUGCUCACCGACGCCAUCUUCUUCCUCGUCUGGUUCUUCGUCACUCACGUCGGUCCAAACAAAGGGACCCCUUGGGGGGUAUCACCUUGGCUUCAUGUGAAGUCAAACUCGCUGAUCAUGAGACAAGACAAGUUGGUCGAAAGCCCCAUUCAACUGGAGGGCCUUUCGCAGCGCCUCGCGGCGGAGUCCAGGAAGUUCCUGGAGGCUCAUGCCAAGGAUGACGCCCCUUUUUUCCUGUUCCAUUCUCUCGCGCACGUUCACGCGCCCAUGUUCACUGCUCCCCAUAUGAAAGGCGUUAGCAAACACGGAAGGUACGGAGACAACGUAGAGGAAAUGGAUGAAAGCAUUGGAGUGCUCUUAGACUCACUGAAGGAGUUUGGCCUCGAGGAUAACACCAUCGUUUACUUCACUUCAGAUCAUGGAGCAGCAAUACAUACUAAAGAUCCUCAUGGACAGCGCAGUGGUGGCCACAACGGAAGGUUCAAAGGAGGCAAGGUGCAAGGUAGCAGUGAAGGUGGAAUUCGAGUGGCUGGGAUCUACCGCUGGCCACGACAUCUGGCAGCUGGUAGGGUCGUAGACACACCAACUUCCCUCUUGGAUCUCUUGCCCACAGUCUUGGACCUGGCUGGGUUACCGCCAGUGCAGGAGCUUGUACCUCAAGCUGCUACCAAGGAACUGGAUGGGAGAAGUAUCGCCGAUCUGUUACUGGAAGGCGACAAGACACCUCCGAGAGAGAGGUUGUUGAUCCACCACUGCGCUCAGGAUAUCCGCGCCGUUAGGCUGACCAGAGGAAAGUGACGCAGCCGCUCCGGCCUAGCAGAAAGCAAGGUCUAUUCUUUGGACCUUGGCGGAAAGCCUACCUUUGAACAGACCAUUGUGUCCCCCGAUGCGCUGUCCGUCGUCGUCGAUGGCUUCCAGGUGGCCCCCUUGAUCAGAGGUGAAGUAGACGAGAGUGUUGUCCUCCAGGCCAAAUUCCUUCAGAGAAUCCAGCACAGUGCCGAUGCUUUCGUCCAUCUCUUCUAUGUUGUCUCCGUACCUAGAGGAAAACCGCUCAGGGGUCAACGGAGCAGAUAAGUCAUUUUUUUUCAUAAAAUCAUUUAUUUUCCCUGUAGGAUGAUAAAACUCACAGAGAAUAUGCGUUAUUAUAGUGCUAAUAAGGCCUGAUAAUUUCAUUAGCCUGUCUUGAUUAGUGUAUUUUUGGCAAAUAUUUUUACGAUCGGCACCCCUACAGACUGGUGCAAACUGGAGCCUACCCUUAAGGUUUAUGGGAGUUCCAGACAGUUUAAAAUCAUCUAUUCAAACAUAACAAGUUGAUGUUAAGAUUAGAUAUUUUACCAUGAACAUAAGAACAAAAUAAAUACUGAGCUGAUUAACAUCUCUCCUAGGGCUAGCCCAAAGGAUUAGAUGUUUAUUUACGUGGCUAGGAAACCAAAGGAUUACUUAACAAGGAUAUAUAUCUUAUUAUGGGAUCCGAACCACAUUACAUCCAGAAAUGAAUUUCUAAUCACCAGAAAUAAAUUCCUCUGGAUCCACAUUGGCGACAGCAGGGAGCGAACUCGGGCUACUAGAUUGAUAGGCAAGUACGCAACCCGCUCACCCAAUGAGGAACUAAAAUAACUUGGUGUAAUCUGCUUCAGGCUUAAGAACUGACAUUCAGCAAGAGUUGGAGAACUAUUCGUUCCGAACGAAUAAGAUUUUAUGUAGACAUAUUUGAUGUAAAGAAGAAAUGACCUCGAGUUCCUACCGAGGUCUAAAGCUAAUAGAAUAAGAUUUUAAAGGAUUAUGAAUUUUGUGUUAUGAACUAUGAUGGUUAGGAAUUACACAGAAGAAUUUGGAAAUGAGAACCAAAGAUGAGAGUUUCUUGAUAAUGGGUCAUCGGGGGAAAAAAAAUUUAAUUUAGUAAAAAUAGGUUAAGUUUUUUGCAUUUUUGAAAACCAGGAGAGAGUUAUGUUAAGGAAUUAUGGGAAGAAUACAUACUUGGAACCACAGAGAAACACUCAGUCAGGGUUGAAAACGAAAGAGAUCAGCUAGAAAUCACAGGUCACCUGAAAGGCCUUUGUGACAGGAGAAACAGUGAGGAAAUUAGACUUAAAAGCCACAAGGGAGAAUUAUGAUUAGGAACCAUUUGGAGGGAUUUAGGGUCAGGAUCCAAAGAGAAGAAUACUGAAUAAGGAACAGAGAAGAGGAAUUUAAGGUCAGAAAUCUCAAAAGAGAGCUGAAGCGUAGGAACCCUGAAGCAGAAUGUAGGCUCAAUCUACAGUGCUUAACAUGAUACAUUUCUGUGGCAAUUAUCGAGGUAGACCAAUGAAUAAAGCAUUCAAGAAAUGAUACUAUGCGCUGACAUGUAUGGUAACCUUUGGGCAAAAAUUCCAGUGACCAUAUUGAAAUCUCAUACUCCAAGCUACGCUAGAUGAUCAAAGCUGACUUCUACACCAAGGAGUAAACAGAAAAAAAUAAAAUAAAUAAAGGCGUCUGUGAUCAGAAUGGUCACUUAAUUGGAAAACUUAAAGGGCACUCAUGUAAGAAAAAGAAGACACUUAGAAGACUUGAUCAGUGCUCACAAUGAACUUUCUGAGUUGGUUCUACUGUUCGUUAUCAACUGCUGGAGAAGCGAUAAAAUUGUACUUCAGCGGAGGCUAAUAGUCACACGGAUAAAUUUGAUCAGUGAAAUUAUUACUUUAUCUUAUUUAGGCUGCAUAUUCCCGAACUGUCACCGAGUACCAAACCUUCACUGAAAAAGCGGGACGCCAUAUCUUAUAAACUAAUCAUAGAAUCUUCUUGAAAACUUAUAGUAAUCUCAUUAUGUUUCCCGCACCGGAAUUACCUAGAAGAUGCUUCUCUGAACUAACCUGACCUAACCUAACACAGCCUAACCUAACCUAACCUAACCUGAGGGAGUUUGUGGCCCGUGAUUCUUGUCUUUACCUGCCGUGUUUGCUGGCUCUUUCCCUAUUGGGUGCAUUGAACAUAGGUGUGUGUACGUGGGCGAGAGAGUGGAACAGGAAGAAGGGUUUGUCGUCCUUGGCAAAGUCAGCCAAGACCUUGCGAGAUUCUGCCGCAAGACG